AUGGCUUCCCAUCAGCUUGCCAUUGCAAAGGCCUCUUUCUCGGCUGGGCUUCUGCGCCCCGAUCCCUCGUCCGUUCCGCGCGAUGAGAUCACCGCCUUCCAUUCUGCACUCGACAGGGCGCUGUCUCAUUGCUCCUCAGCAAACAUUCAGGCCUGCAAAUCAUGGCUUCUCCAUUACGUCACAUCCUCGUCCAAUCGAGUCGGGGUCUGGGCCAAAUACUUAGCCGCCUUGUCCAGCUCGUUCAUGGCGGAAGAGGGAGCAGCGCCUUCUUCCACCAAGUCGGGGGCGCGCCCUGCUGCAUUGGCCAAGAGAAAGCGACUGCAUAUCUUGUACCUGCUAAACGACGUGUUCCAUCACACCAAAUACCAUAUGGAUUCGACCGCCGCAUUUUCCACAGUGAGCGGUUCACUGCAGCCGUACAUGGUGGAACUUCUGAGCUAUGCCGCCUCUUACGACCUCCAGAAGCAUCCAAAACACCAUAGACGGCUGGAUGACCUUCUGGAUAUCUGGGAAGAACACGAGUACUAUGGCAGUGACUACGUUAACAAGCUCCGGGAGGUGGCCAAGAACUCGGCGUCGUCGGGUCCCGUCAAGAAGUCGAUUGAUGUCGAGACGAGCAACACGGGCCUGGCAAGUAAACCCUCGGGGAAGGAGGUUCCAUUUGUAAUGCCAGCGACCCAUGGGGAUCCCUCGACUCCUUUUUAUGACCUCCCCGCUGGCAACAUAAUCCCUCAUAUAAUCCCAAAUUCAACGGUUCCUCUCCGUUCGGAUACCAUAAAGCCGCUGCAGUUUCUGGCCGGUCCAGCUGAUGAGAAGUUGGUGACGGCAGUCAAGGUAUUUCUGAAAGACGUUGACCGCGCUUUUGAAUCGGGCCAACUCGAACCGGGAGAGGGUGAAACGAUUGAUAUUGACGAGCUGGGAGAAGUGGUCAUUAGAGAUAGUGAUACCGGCGACGUGCUCGACGGCGAAACCUAUUAUGGAUGGUCUCGCGCAUUCUGCCAACGCAUGAAAAAGAGAAAUACAACCUCCAGAUCCCGAAGCCGGAGCCUGACACCGCGCAAAAGGAGACGGUAUAGCGGUAGCGCUUCAAGUGAGGACAGCCGAUGGAGUCGGUCCCGAUCACGAAGUCAGACUCCACGCAAAGGACUAGGACGAAACUACGACUCUCGAUCCCGAUCCCGAUCUCGAUCCCGGUCCAGGCCAUAUUCUCCACGGAGGGCUUCCCCUCCGCGAUCUGUCGCUCCAGGCCAUCCGGUCCAUCCGUAUGGCCAUCCAGCCCUACCGGGACAUGCACCCCCCCCUCCCCCCCAGCCGCACCCCAUGCAUUUUGCACCUGGAGGCGGUCCUCAGGCUGGACCUGCUUUUCCUCCCGGGAUGCCACCGCCUGGGGUUCAUCCACCUCCGCCACCACCGAAUUACCAGGGCCCUUGGCCACCCCCUCCGCCACCGAUGCCAAAUUACGGGCCUGGGCCGGGGAUGAACACGUCGCAUUUCCCUCCUCCGUAUGUGGUGCAAGCUGGACAGUUCCCGUCGAUGCACCGGGGGCCGGGGACGGGAACGGGAACGGGCCAGCAAAUGCCUCCGGGAUCGUAUCACUUCCCCCCACCCCAUUCAGGGGGACAACACUACGGGUACCCACCGGGACGAUGGCGAUAG